AUGGGCGUCAAGGACUCGGACUACGCUUUCAUCGCCACGGAAGCUACUCAACGGCGAUACAUGUAUCUGGCCGCUCAUCUGCCUUCAGCUAGUCUUGCUACUGCACAAUUGCCGUACUUCGAGAUCUUGGAUAUCGAGUGGUUAGAUGUACAAUUUGUUUCGGAUGCGGGAAAGCCUAACGACCUCAGAAAUGCCAGCAUGCAGGCAAAUCUAGCAUACGGUAGGAAUAGGGGCACCUUGGGCUUCUGGAUGACCGAAAAGUGGGAGUCUUCGAGAGCGAUAGGGCUCUACGCGCACCUCGUCACGGUUUAUGAUGACAAGAGAAACGUCUCAAUUCUCGUCGGUCGCUUGACCCCACAUGGUCACUUCAAAGCAGAUGAUGACUGGGGAACCAACACUACCUAG